UUCCUAAAAAUAACUGAUCAUGCAAAGAAACAGAGGCAGUGUCCCGUUGGUACACAUUCAGCUAAUUAAUGCACAAACAAUUACUAAUGUUUGUUACAAACUGCCACGCCGCCGAAGGAAUGAAGAGAGUUGAUCUGCACGCACGUUAACGUUUAAAAUGGAGCCGAUCUGCAGUGUCCACCAAGAUAUAACAGUUGGUACUAAGAGAGGAUCUGACGAGCUUUUCUCCAGCGUCCCCAACGGCCCGUAUAUCAUGAGCACCACAGCCAAUGGCAACGACAGCAAGAAGUUCAAAGGUGACAUAAGAGGUCCCGGGGCGCCGUCCAGGGUCAUCCACAUCCGCAAGCUUCCCAUCGACAUCACGGAGGCCGAAGUGAUCAGCCUCGGUCUGCCCUUCGGAGACGUCACCAACCUGCUGAUGCUCAAAGCCAAGAACCAGGCCUUCUUAGAGAUGAACUCGGAGGAAGCAGCUCAGAACAUGGUGGGUUAUUACUCCACGGUGAUGCCCAUCAUCCGGCAGCAUCCGGUCUACGUCCAGUUCUCCAACCACAAGGAGCUCAAGACUGACAACUCCCCCAACCAGGAGAGGGCCCAAGCGGCUCUUCGGGCCCUCAGUACGUCUCAUGUGGACGCGGCUGUGCCGGCUCCGAGCUCGGUGCUGAGGGUGGUGGUGGAGAACCUGGUCUACCCCGUCUCCCUGGACGCCCUCUGCCAGAUCUUCUCAAAGUUCGGCACGGUGCUGAGGAUCAUCGUCUUCACCAAGAACAGCCAGUUCCAGGCUCUGCUGCAGUAUCCGGACGGAGCGUCCGCCCAGGCGGCUAAACUGUCUCUGGACGGACAGAACAUCUACAACGGCUGCUGCACGCUGAGGAUCAGCUUCUCCAAACUCACCAGCCUCAACGUCAAAUACAACAACGAGAAGAGCCGCGACUUCACCAGACCGGACCUGCCCUCCGGAGACAGCCAGCCCACCAUGGAGCACCCGGCCAUGGCUACGGCCUUCACUCCAGGUAUCAUCUCAGCUUCUCCGUACGCCGGAGCGACUCACGGCUUCCCGCCAGCCUUCGCCCUCCAGCCUGCAAUGUCCUUCCCCUAUCCAGGCCUGACGGUCCCCACUCUGCCCGGAGGCCUGGCCUCGCUGUCCCUCCCCGGGGCCACCAGGCUGGGAUUCCCCCCCCUCCCUGCUGGAGUCUGUGUCCUGCUGAUCAGCAACCUGAACCCUGAGAGAGUUACGCCCCACUGCCUCUUUAUUCUCUUCGGCGUUUAUGGCGACGUGAUGAGAGUGAAGAUUCUGUUCAACAAGAAGGAGAACGCUCUGAUUCAGAUGUCCGACAGCACGCAGGCUCAGCUAGCCAUGAGCCACCUGAGUGGCCAGCAGCUGCAUGGCAAGUCUCUGCGCAUCACGCUGUCCAAACACACCAGUGUCCAGCUGCCCCGUGAAGGCCACGAGGACCAGGGCCUGACCAAAGACUACAGCAACUCCCCCCUGCACCGCUUCAAGAAGCCUGGCUCCAAAAACUACUCCAACAUCUUCCCACCUUCUGCCACCUUACACCUCUCCAACAUCCCGCCGUCUGUGGUUGAGGACGACCUGAAGAUGCUGUUUUCCAGCUCAGGAGCCAUGGUCAAGGCCUUCAAGUUCUUCCAGAAGGACCACAAGAUGGCUCUGAUCCAGAUGGGCUCAGUGGAGGAGGCCAUCGAGUCCCUCAUCGAGUUCCACAACCACGACCUGGGAGAGAACCACCACCUACGGGUCUCCUUCUCCAAGUCCUCCAUCUGAGCCUCAGACUUCACCAUCUGAAUCCUCCACGCUCCUCCGAGAGCGGACUUGAUGGUGUCCACUACACUCCGAUCAUUCCAGCACAUGUCUGCAGAAACCACCGUGAAGUCUGGUGUGAUGUUAAAUUAUUUUUAAAAACUCACUGUUAGGUUAUUUGCCUUCAAAGAGGAUUAGGGUCAUUUUAAGAAAUAUUAGAGUUCUGAGAUUAUUCUCGGUUCUGGAGAAAGUCAGAAUUAUACAAUAAUCUCCGGAAAAUUCUGUAUUCUGAGUUUUUCAGGAUUUUUGGAUUAAAUCGGAUACUCAGAUUACAGUCUUUCUGUUUGAAGUUGUUACCUUUUUAGCCUCUCUUGCCUUUUGACUUUAAUCCCAGAAUUAAGGAAUUAAACUCAGCCUUCUAAAUUUACUUCUCGGGAACUCUGACUAAAGUUCUUUAAAUUCUGAUUGAAUUAACUCUGAAUUCUUUCAUUAAUCUCAGAUUCAGUUUUCCAUUUUUUUUUUUUUUUGCUGUGGUCCUAAUCCUCUCCUUUUUGAAGUUUCCCCUUUUGAAGUAACACUUCUAUAUUUAAAAUGUCCAAUCUGACAACGUUUGGGAAGUCAUGGAUUUACCCUGAAGCUGUCAGAUUUUAGUCAGGGCCUCGUUAAGAAAGGCCUGGUUUGGCCUUCAGAUGACCCCUGUGCCUUAUUCCUGGAGUCAGAAUGACCCUGACUUUGACAUGUUUUAAAAAAAAGAAAAUCUCCCAUCAUGCCUCUGUAAAUUGGCAAAGAGCAGGUUUACAGUUGAUAAAGGUUUACUGUUGAUGAGAUGUAUUGCAGAUAUAUCCAUAUUUUAUGUGUAUUUUAUUGGUGUUGUUUUCCAGUCCUUUAUGUUAGUGUUUUGUACUGCUGGUUACUGUAGCGUCAAACAUGUGAACUGAUUCUGUUUUAGCGGGUUUGCUGGGUCUUUAGUCGUAGAUGCAGUUCUCUAUUUCUUUCUGUUACUUUUUGAUUUCUUUAUUUCCAUGUAUGCAAUCACGUUUUAUUCAAAUCAAAUAUGGUAGCAAUAUUUUAAUCAUUCCUGAACUUGUUUUUGGUGUCUUGGCGGUUCUUCUCGCCGCUCUGCUGCCUCUUACGAUCCGCAGACGAUUGUUGUUUUGUUUAGUUUUUUUUUUUCGUGUUCUGUUGGACUUGUGAAUCACGACGUUAGCUUGUCUCGUCUGUCGCGUUGCCUCUCUGAACGGUUUUAUUUAUAACUUUGUGAUCCACUACAGCUGAAACCAAAAACGGCCUUCUAGAUGCAAACAAAUCCGCCUCCCUCAGGUUUCUGGUUUUAAGGACUAAAAACAAAACAAAAAGAUGGUGAAGUGGUUUAGGCUUUGUUUGUGUUUUCCUGUGGGAAUGUUUUUAUUCAUUUCUCGACUGCUUCACUGGAUUCAGCCCACCGGUGCGACUUCAGUCUCUAUUGCAAAAUUCAGAUGUAAUGUGGAGUGCCUUCAACGCAGCGCUGAGUCGUACAUCAGGUAUUAAUUGCUCUAUAUUCGGAGAAGAAGGUUUGACGGAGAAGAAGCCCCGCAGCCGUCAGAAAUGUACUGAAACCAGAAGUUGCUGGUUUGGUUUAUCUGUGUGUCUUAAUAUUAUUACGUCGACUUUCCAGCCACUCGGACGUCCACCUGGACUUCAUCGUGACGAAGUUCCUUCGCCGUCUGAACUGAACGUUUCCUCUAACGAGCUGCUGAGGAUUUUACAGUCAUGGUGCAUUCAAGACACCUGGGAGGUUUCGGUAGAUGAGGUUUUAAAACUAACUGUCCCGGUUCAGGCUCUUCCUCCGUCAUUUCCAGACCGAACUGAACAGAAGUCCUGUCUCAUUCCAGAGGCUCAGAAAAGGGCGGCCGCCUUCUGCCUGAACUUCGACGCAACUCGCGUCCGCAGCCCAUCGCACAUCAGGAAACUCUUGGCGGUCUCCUCUGAUCGCAGCGCUGCGACGUUGGUCUGAAAGUUAAACGCUGUCAGAGAAACACGGUGUAAUCUCUGGUUGGCUGAUGUCCACCGGUGGUCGAUUUACGGUCUUGGAGACCAAAGACGGCCUUUUGUCAGAAAUUCAGGACCAAAUUCUCACAAUCUGACUGCUGCUAAGAUUCAUGUCUACAAACCAGCCAAUCAGAACACAGCAGGAAAUGCAUGCAGGAUGGACACAGUUCAGUAGACAAACACACAGAUACCGAGCAGGUAGAUCGACUCUCAAGCACCAUUUUUUUUUAAUAUAGUAAAUAAAAAGAUCUCUGUGGCCGAAGUGCUGCAGAUGUGAGCUGUCUGACAGAUUUUAACAUCACGUCGUCGUGUCGCCGGGCCAGAACUUUGUAAUCUGAGGUCAGCGUUUAAAAACAUUCUUUCUUUAUAUUUCUUUAAUAUCGGCAUCUGGUCACUGUGGUUUUCUAUCAGAAAAAGCAAAUGUUAACAGCAGGUCUGUGACAAAGGAUGCAAACUGGUCUCCUGCAUGUCCGUAGUUCCUGCGGGGGGGUGAAGCGUCGAACCGUGGCGUUUGAGAGGGAUUGAACUCCGACUGAACCGGGGAAGCUGCUGCCAGUUUGCAUCGUCACCAUGACGCCUUUUCAGCUCUCUACACAAAGGACGCGCUACGUCCUGCAUUAGCACUGAACGACACCGGACUGUUAGCUGCAGUUACCGCCGACAGUCCUCCAAACGGACGUCAUCCAGUCUGGCACAGACCGAGACCAGGAUUUUAUUAGACCGCCUUACACAGUGACAUCACGUGAACCCGUAACAGUCGGCGUCUGGCCUCUCCGCGUGCGCGUGCAACGUGUGAUUUACAUACUACGCUCUGAUUGGACAGUUGUCGUACGACACACCAGGAAGUGUGUUUGUUUCCAGAGUACAGCUGUCUGCAGUUCGCCUUGUUGAAACUGUUUUUAAUCAAACAUUACAAAAACAAAAUUCAAUUCAAAAGGGCUUUAUUGGCACGGGAUACAAAUAACAAGCGGCCCUCGUCACGCCGUAAACCGACGACGAAGCUCCUGCUGGACGUAAAUAGGAGUUAAUUAGUUUAAUUAACCUUUCAGGAGUUCCUCUUGUGUCGGCCGACAGAUAAAUACAACCACAGCAGACAGACUUAAAGUCCAGUGUUUGGACAUCACUACGUGGCGGCCGAGACGCUCAGUCACACACAUCAGGACACAUUUACCUUUGGACAGGUUUUCCCAGGUGACUUGAAUGCAUCGCAGACCUUCAGUGUCGGGUGAGGCGGGUGAGGCGGGUGAGGCGGGAGCGGGACCAGUCAGUCAGAUACAGGUGGAGGGUGGGUGGGGGAGGGCGGGGGGUUGAUGACGCGUGUACAUAUGUGUUUUAUACCACAGUUACGUGUCCGAGAGCUGAUUGUUGGUUUUAUAUCUGAUGAAACGUGUAUAUUUUGAUUAAAGUGUGCGACCGGUUCUGAGCCUUUACACUGUUUGUGUCACAUAGAAAAAAAACCCAGAUUAAAUCACUUUUUAUCUAAAAA